UUUCUUCUCAUGUUAAAUCUGUAUUUUUCUUAAAAGGCUUAUGAAAAUUUUGGUGAAAAAAUGUUGCUGCUUCAGUGCAGGCAUGGAGCUUCUUUUUCUAAGCUAGAUAACUUGGUACCAAGAGGAAAAAUGAAGAUUCUCCUGGUCUUUCUAGGUCUGCUUGGUAAUUCCAUUGCUAUGCCAAUGCACAUGCCCCGAAUGCCUGGAUUUAGCAGUAAAAGUGAGGAGAUGAUGCGGUAUGGUCAAUUCAACUUUCUGAACUCCCCACAUAUGGUGCCCUUCGGCCCUAUGUAUGGAAAUGGUUUGCAGCUCCCUCAGCAGUUCCCACAGUACCAGAUGCCCAUGUGGCCUCAGCCACCACCAAACACCUGGCAGCCACACAAACCCUCAGGAUCUAAACGCCAAGGCAAGACUGACCAAACGCAAGAGACCCAGAAACCCAACCAAACCCAGCCAAAAAAGCCACUGCAAAAGCAGCCUUUGAAUCAGCCACCACAUGCCCCAACUGAGCCCAAAGAAGAGGAUCAGCCACCUCAGGCAUUCCCACCAUUCGGCAAUGGGCUAUUUCCCUAUCAUCAACCACCAUGGCAAAUCCCACAGAGGCUACCCCCGCCAGGUUAUGGCCGCCCACCAGUCAGCAAUGAAGAAGGAGGGAAUCCUUUCUUUGGAUAUUUUGGAUAUCAUGGCUUUGGAGGUCGCCCUCCUUACUAUUCAGAAGAGAUGUUUGAACAAGAUUUUGAACAACCAAAAGAGGAAGAUCCUCCUAAAGCAGAGAGUCCAGGCAAAGAACCCACAGUUAAUUCAACAGUUACUGAGACUAAUUCUACCCAACCAAAUCCCAGAGGGGGUCAGGGAGGAAAUGACACCACGCCAACAGGAAACGGUGGCCCAGGAGUGAACACUGGGGGCAGCCCUACAACCCAAAACAGCGUCAUCCCAUCCCCUGCAGUCAAUGCUUCAGUCCAGGGAGUGCCAGGAAGUCAAAUCCCGCGGAGACCAAGUCAGCCAAAUCUUCGUGAAGGUUAUCUGAAUCCUAACAUACGAAAUUUUCCUUCAGGAAGACAGUGGUAUCCCACUGGAACUGCCAUGGGGCGCAGACAGAAUGGGCCUUUUUACCGCAAUCAACAAUUUCAAAGGGUUACUCGGUGGAACUCCUUUGCUUUGGAGAGUAAACAGGUAGCUCCUUCAGUAAAUCCAGCUUAUCACAAAGCUUAUCCUUCCACUUCAAGAGGCAAUUAUCCCAAUUAUGCAGCAAACCCAGCAAAUAUCAGAAGAAAGCCUCAGGAGCCUAAUAAACACCCUGUGGGAACCAGUGUUGCUCCACUGGGUCCCAAACACAGUACUGCUAACCGCAAUGAAAAAGUCCAAAAUCCAAGGGAGAAGCCACUAGGUCAAAAAGAAAGAGUAGCGGUUCCUACAAAGGCUCCAAGUGGCCCCUGGAGAAACUCUCAACAUUAUGGAGUUAAUAAAUCAAAUUAUAAACUGCCUCCCCCUGAAAGUAACAUGCCAGUCCCAAAUUUUAAUUCUAUUGAUCAACAUGAAAACUCCUAUUACCAAACAGGAGAUUCCACAAGAGUCCCAAAUUCUAAUGGACAGACUCAAAGCCAGAAUUUGCCCAAAGGAGUUGUUUUAGAGCCAAGAAGAAGUCCAUAUGAAUCUGAAACUAAACAGCCAGAAUUAAAGCACAGUACUUAUCAACCUGUAUACCCUGAGGAAAUCCCUUCUCCUGCAAGGGAACAUUUUCCUGCUGUAAAAAAUACUUGGAACCACCAAGAAAUCUCUCCACCUUUUAAGGAAGAUCCCGGGAGGCAGGAAGAACAUUUACCUCAUCCUUCCCAUGGCUAUAGAGGAAGUGUUUUCUACCCUGAAUAUAACCCCUAUGGUCCCAGGGAAAACUCACCAUACCUUAGAAGCAAUAUGUGGGAUGAGAGAGAUGAUUCUCCCAAUACUAUGGGGCAACAAGAAAACUCAAUGUACCCUGUAAAUACUCCAGACCAGAAAGGGACAGUCCCUUAUAAUGAAGAGGACCCAAUUGAUCCAACUGGAGAUGAACCUUUUCCAGAACAAAAUAAAUGGGGUGAGGAGCUGAGCUUUAAAGGAGGCCCAACAGUGAGGCACUAUGAAGGUGAGCAACAUACCUCAAAUCAGCCAAAGGAAUAUCUUCCCUAUACCCUAGAUAAUCCAUCAAAACCCAGGGAGGAUUUUCCUUAUAGUGAUUUUUACCCGUGGAGCCCAGAUGAGAAUUUUCCGUCAUAUAAUACAGCUCCUACUCUACCACCACCUGUAGAGAGCAGGGGCUACUAUGCUAACAGUCCUGUUGGACAAGAAGAGAGCACUUUAUUUCCUUCACGGAACUCCUGGGACCACAGGAUUCAAGGCCAAGGGCAGAAAGAAAGAGGGCCAUAUUUUUACAGAAAUUUCUGGGAUCAGGCAACAAAUUUAUACAAAGCCCCAGCUAGUCCACCAGAACAGAAAGAGAACCAGCCCUUUUCCAGUAACUCCCCAGCUGGGCUUCAGAAAAAUCCAAUGUGGCAUGAAGAUGAGAAUUUGAACUAUGGCAUGCAAAUUACUAGGCUAAAUUCACCAGAAAGAAGACAUUUGGCUUUCCCAGACUUAAUUCCUCAAAGUUACCCAUCACGUCAAAAAGAAGCACAUUUAUUUCACCUGAGCCAGAGAGGUUCCUGCUGUGGUGGUGGCUCCCCAGGGCCCAAGGUUGAUCCCCUGGCUCUACAAGACUAUACUCCAUCCUACGGUCUUGCACCAGGGGAGAACCAAGACACCAGCCCUUUGUAUACAGAAGGUAGUCAUACCAAGCAUGCAAGACAUGUAGUCUCCCCAACAAGUAUCCUACCUGGCCAAAGAAACAGCUCAGAGAAGAGACUGCCUGGGGAAAGCCAAAACCCAAGUCCUUUUAGAGAUGACGUAUCCACUCUGAGAAGGAACACACCAUGUUCUAUGAAGAAUCAGCUGGGCCAAAGGGGAAUUAUACCCCUUCCUGAAGCCAGUUCCCUUCAAUCAAAGAACACACCUUGUCUCAAAAGUGAUCUUGGAGGAGAGGGGGACAAUGUUCUGGAACAAAUUUUUGAAGACAACCAGGUCAAUGAAAGAACUGUUGACCUAACUCCUGAGCAGCUUGUUAUCGGUACCCCUGAUGAAGGCCCCAAUCCAGAAGGCUUCCAAAGUGAAGUCCAAGGAAAUGAGAGUGAGAAGCAGCAACAAAGACCAUCUAGCAUCCUGCAGUUACCAUGCUUUGGCUCCAAGUUAGCAAAGCAUCACUCUUCUAGCACUGGAACUCCAUCUAGCAACGGAAGGCAAAGCCCAUUUGAUGGGGAUCCAAUGAUGCCUACAGAAAGUCCUAACACAAUGGUUGAGUUAGCUACUGGGGAACAAUUUAAGGGUAUAAAUGUAGACCCACUUAAUGCAGAUGAACACACUGCAUUUGAAUCCCUUCAAAAGGAGUCCAAUCCACAGGACCAGGUACAAGACUGCUUACUACUUCAGGCCUAGGGAUUAUUUCAACCACAAUUUCUUGGAGGAAGGAAAAUAACUG